CUCUCAAUGUAUCAAGUUUUUAAAGUUAAGAGACGUCAGAGAAAAAGACCUGCGUAUUAUGCGUAAGCAAGUAAAAGAUUGGAGAUAUAAAAUUGCUUCUGCUAUAAAAGUGCCUGAGAAAUGGUUUGACAUUUUACGGGAGCAGCAAACUACGUUACAAUUACAAGACAAUGAAAUUGCUAACGAAAUCAUUCAACGACUCGCAAAACAUAAACACUGGAAACUUCCUGAACUUUCUCAGUCAAAGUUUUGUCUGCUUAUUUUUUCACUGCCAGCGUAUGAAUUAUGUACGUACCCCAUGAAAGAAGCAGCACAGUACUAUUCAACUGCUGUAUUAAAUCUUCCUGGUCAUAUUUUAAAUGAAUGGCUUCGAGCUAGAAAAUUGGUUUAAUAAAUGAAUGAGACAACCAACUAAUGGGCUUAUU